AUGCCUAUCCUCAAGGAUUUCCAGCUCCCAGCCUCCGCGGCUGAGCUCGACCUCUCUGGCAGCUCCAACUCGACCUUGUUCAUCGCCUUCAUCUCGUCCGCAGACCCCAGAACCGGUGCGCCAUGGUGUCCUGACGUCCGCGCCACUCUCCCUGGUAUCCGCGAGGCCUUUGCCAGCGACAGCACCCCAGACCUAGUCAUCGCCGAAGUCGGCCAGAUCCCCGAAUGGAGGGACUCGAAGAACGUAUUCCGCACCAAGUGGGAUGUCCACAACGUUCCAACUCUGGCCCGAUUCAAGCUGGUGAACGGCAAGGUAUCGGAGAAGGGCCGGUUGGUCGAGGGAGAUCUCCUGGAUGCCCAGAGGCUUAGCGACUUCAUCAAGCAGUAA